AAACAUUGCGGAUUGUGUAUUGCAAUUUUGAUUAUUUUAUUUUUUUUUGUUGAGGAUGAUAAUUUCGUUUACCAUCAAUUCAUGAUUUGACCAUUUAAGAUAUCAUCAUUAAUUUAUCAUUAAAGAUAAUGUCAUUAACUUAAAAUAAAGUAAAUGGUUAUUGUUUAUCUUUGAUGAUAAUGAUGAUGGUGGUGGUAGUUUAAUUAGAAAAGAAAAGUAAUUUGAAAAAUUCAAGAAAAAACCGUAUUUGGAAUUUCAAUUAAAUCAAUCCUAUAUUAACUGCAAUCAAAUAAUGAAAUCGACAACAACGACAAUGACAUUCAUUUCAUUUAUAUCGACGAAAAUUAUGACAAAACAAUUGUAUGUAUUGUUUAUAUUGGUUACGGCCAUAUCGAUUACCGGACCAUUUUUUUCAUUUGAUUCAAAAUAUUUGGGUACACAAUUGAUACGACAUCCAAUCGAAUUGACUAAAAAUAUGAUUAAAGAACAGAAUUUUGUCAUUAUUCUUGAUGGUGGUAGUACCGGUACACGUAUACAUGUAUUUGCAUUUGCAAUCAAUAAUGAUAUUCGACAACAAAAAAUUCUAUUAGAACGUGAAGAUUUUUUUCAUACAACACCCGGUCUAUCAUCAUUUAAUGAUAAUCUAACAGAAUUAACCGAAAAUUUACAACCAUUAAUCGAUAAAGCAUUGAAUAUUGUUCCAGGUUUCCUUACAAAACAAACACCAAUCAUAUUGAAAGCAACAGCUGGUUUACGUUUACUUUCAAACAAUGAUGCUAAUCGUAUUCUUUAUCAUGUUCAACAACAAUUUUAUUCAUUACCAUUUAAAGUUGAUAAUAAUUCGGUUACAAUGCUUGAAGAAAAUGAUGAAGGUCUUUUUGCAUGGUAUACAGUAAAUUUUUUAUUACAAAAAUUACAUAAAAUUAAUGAAUCAAUAGCAACAUUAGAUUUGGGUGGUGGAUCAACACAGAUAACAUUUUCAACAUAUAAUAUUGAUACAUUAAUACGAUCACAUCAAUAUAUUGUACAAAGAUAUAUUGAAGGUGAACAAGAAUUUAUUUAUACACAUUCAUAUCUUGGUCUUGGUCUAAUGUCAGCAAGACUUGAAAAACCUAUUAAAAAUUUUAAUGUUGAAAAUCGUGCACAUCGAAAAAUUGAACAACCAAAAAAGGCACCAUGGCAUCCAACUACACAGAAAAUGAUUAAUGAUUUAAAAAAAGAUGAUAGUAUAUUCAAACAAAUGGAUGCAAAAAAUGAAAAUCUUGUCGAUCGAUUAAAAACAGUUAAAGUAGAUUCAUAUGAUCGAAAUCCUGAACCUGGUGGUGUAUUUGGUGAUAAUGAAGAAGAACAAAUAAAACGUAAACAACGAUUACCACAGGAUAGAUUUGGUGCACCAUUACCAUUUGUAUUUUAUAAACCAGAACAAAUGCCUGUUGGUAAAAUUACCGUAUUAGAUAUUGUCGAUAUAAUACUUAGUCAUAAAGAAGAUAAUUGUACAGUGGAAGAGAUUGCAGCCAAAUAUCAAUUGUCUGAAGAGGAUACGAAAAAUAUUAUCGAUUAUGUUGAUGUAUUUCGAGCUGUGAAUAGAGAUCAACAGGAAAUACCAUUAUUUCAAAAACGUGAUGCACAGAUUGAAGAAAUUGAAUCGGGAUUCAAAUCAAAAAAAUCAUCGAAGAAAAAAAUCGAAGAAAUUGUUGAUUGAAAAAAAUUAUGAUCAAUUUU